UCACUUCGAAUGAUGUUCCUUUCUCACAAAUUCUUUUUGUUAAUACUAAAUAGUAUGACAGGGAAAGAAAUACUUUUUGUGUUGUUUUUGUGCGCCUCAAUAGCUAAACUUGGCUAAACUAUUUCUCUUUCCUUUUAAAUUAUUUCUCUGCACUAGAAUCACACUAAUAAAAAAUAUAAUCUGUAUGGCGAUUUACAUGGUAUAAUUCAGGUGAUUUGUAGAUUUUUAGAACUUACGUAGUUUCCAUUUUUAAACACGUUUUUAUUAAUUAAUUUUAUAGGUAAGUUAAUGUGCACAGUGGAAUUAAAAACUUAAAAUAGUUUAGUCUGCAAGCUGCAUAACUUGGACUGACUGUUGUCUACUUGCACUUUGGAGUUUGCUUCAUAAAAAUGGAUAAUAAUUUAUCUCUACAUAAAUUAUACGACGCUUACAAGCGAUGGGUAAUUACGAACCCUAAUUUGGUGACCGAUGUAGAGACUGUGGCGACAUGGUCUUCGUAUUUUGUUGCCGGUAAAAUCAACAAAUCACCUAUUGUAUCAGAACUAGUGUACUCAUUGUCCAAACUUCUGUCGCUGUUCAACGAUCGCAUCAUCCGCGAGGCCUACGGCACUGACGUACAGUCCUAUGGACUACGAGAGCAGAUAAAAAUUUUGCUUACAAUAAUUCACUAUUGUGAAGUAUUUGUUGAACUUGUUGUCAAGAAACGAUGGGGCUGCCGCUGCAAGUGGACAGCGGCCACGUUGCUGCAGCUUUUCAAGUGUUCUUCUGCCUUAAUACUUCUGUACAGAUACAAGGAAUUGCCCAUAGGACAUCCACCAGUGCCCGCCUUACAGAGAAAGAAGUUUACAGAAGGCAAAGAGACAGAUGAAAACUCAAAUGCUUUUUUCACUCUUCGGAGAUCUGGGCGAAUCAUUCGACGUGUGGAUGGCGCACCGCCAGUCGCCUUCAGGGAUUGGCAGCCAGUGAAACUUAAAGAUGACAGUGCUUACCCAGGGACUGAAGUGAAAGACUUAUUGUAUGCUGAAACAUUGAAUAUACUGAAGCCUCUGAUACAUCUUGCUGCAAUGAGGAUAUUUGGUACGAAAGCAUGGAAGCAGUGGCUUGUUGCGCUAGGUCUUGAUCUAGCAAGCAUGAAGCUUUACAACAAGCACAUGAAACAACUUUCAUAUGAACAAAGAUUAGAAAUUAGCCGCAGAAAACUUUGUCUUGUUUUAUACUUGUUAAGAAGCCCAAUGUAUAACGGAUACUCUAAGAAUGUCAUCGAGGGUGUUCUUACAUCUGCCUCAAACAAAAUACCAAUUAUGUCCUUCAUAUGUGGGCCCAUCAUCCAAUAUUUGAGUCAUUGGCAAGAGAUCUAUUUCUACAUGUGGUCCUCAUAAGACUCCUAGUCAAAAAAAGAUUAAAGAGAAGACAAAGUAGGUACCUUUUCUGUAAUGAAAAUCGAAGUUGACAAUAUCUAUUGCAUAUUGUAAUAUUUUACUCAGUGCUGGAAUAUUUAUAUAGUUAUAUAUAAGUAUAUAGAGUUAUAUACAUAACAUUUGUAGGAAUAGCAUAAUAUUCAAAGUGGUGCCAAUUAUUAAUUAGUUCUAAAGUCGGAAAAAGAUUUUACAUGGCCCACUGCAGGUUCAACUGAAUAUAAUGUAGAAUAGGGUAGACAAUAGCCUAAAUCCAAUACAUUUAACUUAAGAAAACUCAUAUGUACAAUGAUAAAGCAAUAUUAUUCCUAAGCUAAUGCUAUAAGAAAACAGUUCAAAAAAUAAGCUACUUUUACAUAAUAGCUGUUAAUUACUCUGCCGAGCGAACAUUCUUAUGUUUUGUAGGAUAAUGUAAUAGUUAAUUGCUUCUGCAGCAUAGCGAAAAGUAUGCUUUGUUUAUAUAUAUACAUUCCAAAUGAUCAUGUAAAUAUAAUAAUUGAAUUUAAGAAUUAAUUGAUUUCAUCUAUAAUUUUGAUGUUGUCCAUAUUUUUAUACAAGCGCUCAGUUGUAUCAAUUUUUAAUACAACUUUGUCUACUCAAAACUAUGUACUCUGCAAUUGUUAUUUAUUUAAGUGAUGGGAUUGUAGGUGUUGGUUACAUUUUUAAAUGUCCUUUUUAUAAAAUAAGUAUGUGGAUAAAGAGAGAUAACAAAUUCCCAUGACCUAAGCUUUAAGGGAAUUAACAAUAAGAAACUAACUGUUUAGCUUAAUUCCAAUCAAGUGCCUAUUUCAAUAAAUAGCCCAGAAUAAUGUUGUCAAAUAACAGGUGGAACCUCGUCAUUCUUAAUCACAAUUAAUGUAUCGAGUUGAGAGAAUGGUCACAGUAGAUCUUGUGAUAUAGUUGUACACCUCUACGAGUCAACUGAGAAUGUAGUCUUAAAUUUGUUACAUGUUAACAGUGACGAAAUUCCAUCAAAGACUAAUUGUAAAGCCAGCCGCUUUUUUAAGUUGAUACCAGCAUUUUGAAUCUGUGAGCAGGGCCAACCUGGGCAGUGUAAGGGCUUUCCCACACACAGUUGCUAUUUAUAUUACAGUUCGUAAGUUUGUAGGAAGUAAUCUCUGCACCGAUAUUAAAAACGAUACAUAAGGUAAAUCUACAUGGAUUAGCGGGCAGAAAGCUAGUUUUGUAUAAAAUCAUGUGGAAAGUUCAAAUGCGUAAUUUUAUGACUAAUGGCCAGUCCUUACAAAGAGCAACAUCUGUCUUGUUAAAACAAGACACUAAAAAGACUUAGUCUUAUAUCAUCACUGUUAACCCCAAUAUGUCAGCUGUAUGGGAGAGCCUGCAAACAGCGCCGCCCAGCUCAACUGCGCCCGCGCAGUCUCUUACAGCGGCUGGUCUAAGAAAUAAACUUGUUCUAAAGCAAUAUUUUAGUUCAAAAAUAUAUAAUAGUAAUUUGAAAAUAAAAGAUGCUUUCACAAACUAA